AUGACAGACUGGACUCGAGAGACGCUCCUCUCGCACCUCUCCUACGGCUACUCGCUCAAAGACCUGCCGCCCCCGCAGCGCAUCCCAUCCACCCGCCUCGCCCGCGAAGCCACAGCCGUCUCAUCCUCCUCCAUCGGCGCCCUCGACGCCCUCCCGCUCGAGCUGCUGCAUCUCAUCCUCGAGCAAACAGACAUCCUCUCCCUGCUGCGCUUCGCCCGCACCUCGCUGCGCGCCAGAUCCGUCCUCUCGUCGCUGCACGCCUACAACUUCCUCCUCGCCCACGCCCCAGACGCCCUCAGACAGCUCGCCCUCGCCAACCUCCUCGCAGCCCACGAGACCCGCUCGAUCUACACGGCGCUGCUCUCAACCGCCUGCUCCUCCUGCCUCCAGCCCUCGCGAGCAACGCACUUCUACCUCCCCUCGGCCCAACGAAUCUGCUAUUCCUGUCGCACGCUCAACCCGGGCCUAUGGCUGAUCCCGCUCUCCUUCGCCAGACGCUGUUUCAGGCUCAGCGCUUCAUCCACCGCAAAGCUUCCCCUGCUUCACUUCCGGCCUGACACCACCACCAGAACCAUCAUCUCCGGCAACCGCAAGCACAAGCACAAGCGCAAGUCCGAGCCGUGCGUGUCGCUUCGUGAUGUGCGCCGGCUCGCGGAGAAGGUGCAUGGCUCCAUGGAAGAAGUGUACCGGCUGCAGACCAAGGGCGGCAUGCACGCUUCCUGUCUGAUGGAAGCCUACUUGAUGCAGUUCCUACGAGACGCACCCUGCCAGCCCUUCACCCCGUUCCUGCUAGCCUCGACGGGCUGGUGGGAGGAGAUAUCAGAGUACCUUGCUCGUCUGCUGGAUGACCUGGGUGUGGUGGGCAGGGAGAGUGUGCCGUUGCCAUGGCCUGAUGCCAACACGGUACCUUCGUCCACUUCCGCAUCUACAUCUCCUUCAUCUUCCUCACCUUCAGGAGAAGAUGUCAUGGAAGGCCCCGGGUCCUUGGGGAAAGUCCUCCCCCCAGUGGCCGGAUACAUGCGCCAGUUGACGCAGCCACAGAAGCGAUUGGGAAUCACAGUCGACAGCUCGCCACUCCUUAUCAUCAACGUCUGUAUGGACAGAGUGCCUUCAUGCCGGCUGGGGAAAGCAUUCCCAGACUGGGAUAAUUAGACAACCACGAAGAGGAGAUAAAAAAAAAAAAAGAAAAAGAACGAAAACGAAAAUGAAAAUCCAACCAUUUGUGCAUCCACAUCGGUGCCUGCAACAUUCGCUGAAUUGUUCAAUCCAUGCACCUAUCCAUGGCCUAUAGUACGAUUUCGCUGGAGGUGAUUCUCCAUUUUUAGCUGUUGGUCACACGGACCCCCCUACACCAUGAUCUACAGAUGGCCCCUACAAAAUCGAGUCGUGGCAGAAAUCAAAAAACCACGCUGCUCCUGUCGUUAGUUUGUGUUAACUAACCCCAGAACUAACUAGUUAGCUAGUUAGUUUGUUAUCGAUAAAACUAGGCUCGAGGA